AUGGAGCAGGCCCAUGUCCAAAAUGCCGUCGUAUCGGAUAAGACUUCUCCAUCAGAAAUGUCACCAGACAGGCGGCCUACACCACCUCCAUCACCUGUAAGUAUGGUCGAGGAUCAUUUCGAAGUGAAGAAAUUGACGCCAGACACGGUCGAAAAAACAUCCAAUACUGGUCAGGAGCAGUCGGCUGAUAACAAAUUUCCACUUCCCGCCUACCUAAUCUCUCAUUUCUCGAUUUCAUUUUUUCUCCGUCAGAAUGGCUCCAGACUCUAUUUAUCAAUCAGAAGUCGUUUUCUGAACCAGUCGGACACUGGUGUUCCACAACUCUGA